AUGACGAACAACGACGCUGGCAGCUCCAUAGCUGCUCCCGCAGCGGCAUCCAGCAAUGGCACCGCCUCCACCUCCGCGAACAAGGACAACAAGACUCCCUUCACCGUCAAGGCCGGACUAGCACAGAUGCUCAAGGGCGGUGUCAUCAUGGACGUGACAGACGCAGCCCAGGCGCGCAUCGCCGAGGACGCCGGUGCCUGCGCAGUCAUGGCCCUGGAGCGCGUGCCAGCCGACAUCAGGGCCGAGGGCGGCGUGGUGCGCAUGUCGGACCCGGGCAAGAUCAAGGAGAUACAGGAGGCCGUCACGAUUCCCGUCAUGGCCAAGGCGCGUAUCGGCCACUUCGUCGAGUGCCAGAUCCUCGAGGCGCUCGGCGUCGACUACAUCGACGAGAGCGAGGUGCUCACGCCGGCCGACGACGCCUUCCACGUCGAGAAGGCGCCCUUCAGUGUGCCCUUCGUGUGCGGCUGCCGCAACCUGCCCGAGGCCCUGCGCCGCAUCGCCGAGGGCGCCGCCAUGAUCCGCACAAAGGGCGAGGCCGGCACGGGCGACGUCGUCGAGGCCGUCAAGCACAUGCGCACCGUCAAGGCCGACAUCGCCAGGGCCAAGGCCGCGCUGCAGGAGGGCGGCGACCUCGCCAUCAGGGCGCUGGCGCGGGAGUUCGGCUGCGACGCCGCGCUACUAAGACAGACGGCCGAGCUGGGUCGGCUGCCCGUCGUCAACUUCGCCGCGGGCGGUGUGGCGACGCCGGCGGACGCGGCCCUGAUGAUGCAGCUGGGCUGCGACGGCGUCUUCGUCGGCAGCGGCAUCUUCAAGUCGGGCGACGCGGCCAAGCGGGCCAAGGCCAUCGUGCGGGCUACCACGCACUUCCGCGACGCCAAGGUGCUGGCCGAGUGCAGCGAGGGUCUGGGAGAGGCCAUGGUGGGCAUCAGCGUCAACAGCAUGAAGCCCGAGCAGAAGAUGGCCGGCCGCGGAUGGUGA